GGUCAGUUUCCACGGCGAUCGCGGCUGCCGACUGACAGAGGGGCUUGAGUGCGGCAGGUGCUGCUGUUCUUGGAUACUGCGCUGAGCUGUGCACAGAUCCGCCUGUGGUGCUGGAGGUGCGCUGUGCCAAGACUCACCAGGUUCUGCAGGCCGAGUGUGGAGCUGAGGACGAAUGAAGACCGGGGAGUCUGAGGACUGGAUGUCUUCCAAGCGACCAGCCUCUCCAUAUGGGGGAACAGAUGGAGAGGUAGUCAUGGCGACCAGCAGACAGAGAUUGGAAGAUGAGGAGAGUGAUGGACAGCCUGUCAUUCACUUGCCCCUAAACUCCUACAGCAGCAAGGCGUCCCCCCGGUCCCUGGACAGCCCGGCCAGCCUCCACAACUCCACGGAGCACGAGGGUGGCAAGGGGACGCCACUGAGUCCUUACGCCCAGCACACCUCUUCUACCUCACCCGCCAAGACGGAGGACGGUGGGCGGCCGGGCAGCGAGCCCAACGCCGUGGCGACCACGGCGGGCACAGCGGGCACGCCGGAGAGGCGCAAGGGCAGCUUGGCGGAUGUGGUGGACUCUUUGAAGCAGCGCAAGAUGGAGGAGCUGAUCAAGAAUGAGCCAGAAGAACCCCCCAGCAUUGAGAGGCUGCUUUCCAAGGACUGGAAGGACAAACUGCUGGCCAUGGGAUCGGGAAACUUUGGGGAAAUUAAAGGGACCCCCGACAGCCUGGCGGAGAAGGAGAGGCAGCUGAUGGGCAUGAUCACGCAGCUGACCAGCCUGAGGGAGCAGCUGCUGGCCGCCCACGAGGAGCAGAAGAAGCUGGCCGCCUCGCAGAUCGAGAAGCAGCGGCAGCAGAUGGAGCUGGCCAAGCAGCAGCAGGAUCAGAUCGCUCGACAGCAGCAGCAGCUCCUGCAGCAGCAACACAAAAUCAACCUGCUCCAACAACAGAUCCAGCAGGUCCAGGGUCAGCUGCCCCUGAUGAUCCCGGUGUUCCCUCCGGAUCAGAGGACUCUGGCUGCAGCCGCCGCCCAGCAGGGCUUCCUGCUCCCUCCGGGAUUCAGCUACAAGCCAGGCUGCAGUGACCCCUACCCACUGCAGUUGAUCCCGACCACCAUGGCAGCGGCUGCCGCAGCAACGCCUGGACUCGGCCCCCUACAGCUCCAGCAGCUUUAUGCGGCCCAGCUGGCGGCCAUGCAGGUGUCCCCGGGGUCUAAGCAUGGCAGUAUGCCCCAGGCCAACCUCGGCACACACUCGCCCACUAGUGGCCAGACGGAGAAGUGCAGGAGCACCCCACCUCCCAAACCCAAGGACGAGGGCGCUCAGCCCCUGAACCUGUCGUCCAGGCCUAAGGCGGCCGAGAGCAAGUCACCCACCUCCCCCGCUUCCCCACAGGUCCCUGCCCUGAAGCUGGGCCCCGGCUCCCUGAAGCACAGCGUCCCAGCCAGCAUCAGCAGCCCCCCCACCCGUGCCGGCUCCUUAGACCUGCUGUCAUCCAUCACGUCGGCGGGCUACCUGAACGACCAUGAGGCGGUGACCAAGGCCUUCCAGGAGGCCCGGCAGAUGAAGGAGCAGCUGAAGAGGGAGCAGCAGGUGCUGGAUGCCAAAGUGGCCGCUGUCAGCGGGCUGGGCCUCGGCAGCGGCCGCUUGGACAAGGAGAAGGGAACCCUGGAGAACCUGUCGCAGCAGCUGAAGCAGUCCGAGGAGAACAAGUUCAGCCACGUGAUGGACUUCAACAUCAGUGGCGACUCCGACGGCAGCCCCAGCGUGUCGGACUCACGGAUGUUCCGGGAGGCGCGUGGCAGGGGGGGCAGUGAGCCGCACAUUAAACGCCCCAUGAACGCCUUCAUGGUUUGGGCGAAGGACGAACGCAGGAAGAUCCUGCAGGCCUUCCCUGACAUGCACAACUCCAACAUCAGUAAAAUCCUGGGCUCACGCUGGAAGGCCAUGACCAACCUGGAGAAGCAGCCGUACUACGAGGAGCAGGCGCGGCUCAGCAAGCAGCACCUGGAGAAAUACCCCGACUACAAGUACAAGCCGCGGCCCAAGCGCACCUGCCUGGUGGACGGCAAGAAGCUGCGCAUCGGCGAGUAUAAGGCCAUCAUGCGCAACCGGCGCCAGGAAAUGCGCCAGUACUUCACCGUGGGGCAACAAGGCCAGCUGCCCCUGCCCUCAGCAGGUGUGGUCUACCCAGGCGCCCUCUCUAUGGCAGGCAUGCCCUCCCCGCAGAUGCCGUCGGAGCACUCCAGCAUGUCCAGCAGCCCAGAGCCGGCCGUGGCCGUCAUCCAGAGCCCCUACCUGGGUGGUCUGAAGGGAGAGGAGCCCCGUGUCAAAGAGGAGGAGCUUCGGCUGGAGGACGGAAACGGCGACGCCUACGACGACUUCGAUUACGAGGAUGAGGAUGGGGACUACGGCAGCGACAGCGAGAAUCACAUCGCCGCUCAGGCGCACUGAUCCACUCAAGGAA